AUGCAGAUACAAAGUCCUUUCCAAAUUACUUGGGAAAAGCUUCAGACUGCUAAUUUUGUCGACUACUUUUUCAGAAAAUUUGCUAAAUACGGUGACGGUGUUGCACUGAUUGAUAUUGAGUCCGGAAAACAGUGGAAAUACAGUCAACUACAGAAAUGCGUAGAAAAAUGCUCAUCGUGGUUAACCUACAUAGGAGCAACUGCCGGUUCCCAUGUAGCACUGAUUACCAGUUCCACAGUACAAACGAUCCUGAUGCAAUUGGCAUGCGCUUCGAUUGGAGCUUUAAUCAUCUGUAUCGACGGUUACCUAAGCAUUGAUGAACUAUGGCAAAAAGUAGACGCCAGCGACGUCAGCCAUUGUAUCACAGAACCACAGUUUUUAACAAAAGUGGAAGAGGUACGACGUAAAGCAAUUGUUCGAGGAAGCAGACAUAUUCGAGCUGUGAAAAUGAUCGAUGACGCUUUCGCCGAUACGUUAUCACAACGUGACGAUGGGUUGGUAACAAUUGCAUAUAUAACUCCACCAGUAGCUCAGAUGUUGAUCAAAGAACAAAACCUUAGUGGACAUAAUCUAAGCUCCUUACGAAGCGUUCUGGUCGGUGGAGCUAUAGUUGAUCCAGAAAUCUUGACAAUGUGCAAGGAACGACUCAACUUAGAGGACCUGCGGCAAGUUUACGGAAUGGCUUUACUUGGAGGAGUUGCAACAUUCUCUUACUAUGGUUGCACCAAAUAUGCCAGCGUUGGUGUUCCACUUCCUGGAAUGCUCAUGAAGGUUGUCAAUCCAGACACAGAAGAAAUUUGCCUCCCGCAUGUAACCGGUCAUCUUUUAGUCCAAGGACCGCAAGUAAACCCAUCAUUUUACAAAUGUGCCAAAACUACUGAGAAGAUUGUUGAUGCAGAUGGAUACAUCAAAACGGGAGAUGCAGCAUUCUAUGACGAAGACGGAUACAUUUACAUUCUCGGGAGAAUGAGAGAUAUGAUAAGAGGGAAAGACACAAUGAUACCACCGCUGGCAGUUGAAAAAUUAUUGAAAACACAUCCUGGAAUUGACGACUGUGCAGUAGUUGGACGCCGGAAUCAUGCGGCUGAAGAACUUCCCGCCGCAUUUGUUGUCAGAAACCCGCAGCAUAUAAAUUUAAGCUCAUCGGAAAUCAGGCAGUUUGUAUCAGGUAAGGUCCCGGAAUUCAGAGACCUAAAAGGAGGCGUCUAUUUUGUCAAAGACAUCCCACGAGGUGUUACUGGUAACGUUCUCCGGCGGAAGCUCGAUCAGCGACGCAUGACUGUGAAGGAGCUGAUACCCCUGUUCACUCCUUCUCCACCACCACCAACACCACUGACUAAAGAAUUUAGGAAACAACAACCCGGAUUUAGCGGAGAAAAAAAAAGUCCCCAAGCAGAGGCAAAAAUAAAUGAAAAGUUCCUUCGCUAA